GGUUAUGGUCACUAUUCACUGAAUUCUUGGUGCUGGAGCGUUUCGUUGAGUUAUUUUUUUUAUUACUAGGCAUACUACUAAUAUUAAUUAAAAUAUUGAACGUAUUUUAUAAUGAAAGGUGUUACGUUUUAUGUAUAAGAUGGAAAUUAAGCUACACAUGCCAAAUAGGCCUACUCAUUCUCUAACUACUCAAGGCCUAACUCAUGUUAUGGAAAGUUUUUGAAAGAAACUACAUAUCAUCAUUGGUGAUCAUCACUCUAUCAAUGAUUUAAGAUAAAUUCAGUAAUGAAUCUUCAAACAUUGUUUCAGGAUUUUAACCCAAGCAAGUUCAUUGUGCAUUCAUCCCUUCUGGUCUUCACUGCUCUAUUCGCUCUUAGACUCGAUGGCACAAUUGAUUGGAGCUUUUGGACUGUGUUUUCACCCAUUUGGUUCUGGAAGUUCAUGGUCAUAUCUGGGGCCACUGUUGGAAGCUAUGUGUGGUGGAGGUAUCCUCAUUUUAGGCUGGAAGGUGAAGCUUAUGUACAUUACAAGGCGAUGCUGAUAAGUCUCGCACUUCACCUUAUAUUGCUCAUGUUUGAACUACUAGUUUGUGAUAAACUACAGACAGGACGCCAUCUUUGGAUCCUUGUCUUCAUCCCUCUAAUAUUUAUCUCCAUUGUGUCCAUUGCUGUUUGUAUCUGGGCUGUCAAACAUGACAGGUCGUUUGAGCUGGAACUGUUCUGCGCUGUCAAUAUGCUUCAGUUCAUAUUCCUCUCUCUUCGUCUUGAUGGGUUCACAUCGUGGAGCUGGGAGGUUGUUUUUGUACCAUUGUGGAUUGUCCUCUGUUUAAGCCUUGUUGGGGUGUUAUAUACAAUUAUCUUUGCUGGUAUAUUGUUAAGAACACCACAAGUCAAUGCUAAUCAGAGACGAUCAUGGUUCAAUUCAGCCCUAGCUUACACAUUCCUUGUGGUACCUAUUUUAGUCUUUCAGGUGCUUCUGACCAACAAAUUGGAUGGAGACAUCAACAUGACAUACACAGGGAUUGUUACACCUUUAUUUGUAUCUUUCACUACACUGAUACUCAUGUCGUUCAGUGCUAAAGGUGGCAAUAAAUGGUGGUUUGGUAUAAGGAAGGAUUUUUCACAGUUCUUACUUAGUAUCUGUCCAUUCCUUCAAGAGUACGCCAACAUUGCUUAUUCGUCGGGUCGUACCUCAGAGAAUGGUGAACAAAACGAAGCCAGUUCUCAGCCUAUGAAGGAGAAAGGUCAUAAGAAGAGUGAGAUGAACAAACCAGUUGUACCAGUAAUCUCAAUAGAAAUGCCUGACUGAAAAUUAAAAGUCCAAAUUAACAUGUUCAUGGUUAUAAAGUUACCUGAUAAAUGGAGCCCUCCCUUACUGACAUGUAUUUUCAUCACAUUUUUAGAAAACAAAGUUAAUUUUGUUUUGUAUAUUGUUAAUUUAUUUUAUUUUCAUUCUUUAGAGAUGAUUUUAUGAUUAUCUAUGGGGGUGUUGAGAAUACUGAUUUAUUAGUUGGCUAAAUUAUUAGAUCAGACAUUAUCAGCUGUGCUGAUCUGAAGCCAUAUAGUUAUUAGAUUAAAUAAAUAGGUUUAUUGUGAAGUCUAUGUCAUUAUUAUGAAAUAAAGUAAUGAUACUUAAGUGGAAAUAAUUCAAUUUAUGCUAUUUAUUUAUACUUAUUAAAUUAUAUAUAUAUAUAUACAUAAAUAUUUCUUUUGUAUACAUUUUUUUCAUGAAGGAAUACAUAUUACUUUGUUUUUGUUAUAGAUGAUCACAGAAAUAUAAUUGCUGUGUGCUUUAUACCUUAUAUUUACAAAUGACGUACUGAGGUUUUACUUUGAAUAAAACUCUACGGUGGUACUUGCUGUAAAACACUUUCUACUGCGUGUGCCCAGUUUGAUUGACACAGGCCAGAUUUCUUGUUCUCUUAUAUUACUUUAAAACUGCCACCUUAUGUAAAAUUUUUAUUUAUGCCAAGUG